UCAAGUUUAAAUCACUUAGAGCUCGACCGAUUCUCAGUCUGCAUCCUCCUCUCCUCUCCUCUCCUCUCCUCUGCUCACUCGCUCUGUGCUCCUUCUGUCUCUCUCCUCUUCUCUGCAUCUGCCGGUUGCUCUCUCAGUCAACCUUACGAGGGCUCUUGUGUGCCGUCUCCCUCUGAACAUCUGCUUUUCACACAAAAAGAAACUUUUUUUAAAAAACUUUUUUUUUCUUCUUCCUGAAGCCUGCGAGAAACUGAGAACCAACUGUCACCAUGGAGGCCAUCAAGAAGAAGAUGCAGAUGCUGAAGCUGGACAAGGAGAACGCCAUCGACAGGGCAGAGCAGGCUGAGUGCGACCAGAAGGCGGCCGAGGAUAAAUGCAAGCUGUUGGAGGAUGAGCUGCUGGCUCUGCAGAAGAAGCUGAAGGGAACAGAGGAUGAGCUUGACAAGUACUCGGAGGCCCUGAAGGACGCUCAGGAGAAACUGGAACUGUCUGAGAAGAAGGCCGCAGAUGCCGAGGGCGAUGUGGCGUCUUUGAACCGCAGGAUCCAGCUGGUGGAGGAGGAGUUGGACCGCGCUCAGGAGAGACUGGCCACAGCCCUGCAGAAGCUGGAGGAGGCCGAGAAGGCUGCAGAUGAGAGCGAAAGAGGCAUGAAGGUGAUUGAGAACAGAGCCAUGAAAGAUGAGGAGAAGAUGGAGAUCCAAGAGAUGCAGCUCAAAGAAGCUAAGCACAUCGCUGAGGAGGCGGACCGCAAAUACGAGGAGGUUGCCCGUAAACUGGUCAUCCUGGAGGGUGAGCUGGAGAGAGCAGAAGAGAGGGCAGAGAUUGCAGAGCUUAAGUGUGGUGACCUGGAAGAAGAGCUGAAGAACGUCACUAACAACCUCAAGUCACUAGAGGCUCAGUCUGAUAAGUACUCUGAGAAAGAGGACAAAUAUGAGGAGGAGAUUAAAGUCCUGAAUGACAGACUUAAGGAGGCGGAAACCCGUGCAGAAUUUGCAGAAAGGACAGUGGCCAAACUGGAAAAGUCCAUAGAUGACUUAGAAGAGAACCUAUCGUCUGCUAAAGAGGAAAACCUAGGAAUACACAAAGUCCUGGACCAAACCCUGCAGGAGCUCAAUAGCUUGUAAAAUGCCAAGAAGAACAAGAUCAAACAAUAUGAACAAACAAACAUUUGUUUUGUAAGCGAUAUUUUCUACAUGCCAUCCAUUUUCUGUAAUUUCACUCUUCUUCCUAGUUGUUAAAACAAAUGUUACCCCCUUUUAUAUAUUUAUGGUUCUUUUUGUUUCUUUUUCCUUUUUUUAAAAAAUGGUUUUGGGUCCAUAUGAUAUUCAGUUUCGGUGCUUGAAAAAAUGUGUUAGAGACCAAACUCUUGAGCACAAAUAAAACUGACGACGAUUACGAUGA